UUCCAACCUUAACAGCAUUCUCUCCUCCUUCACAGAGCAUCUGCUUUUAAUUUUAUUCUUUUUCUUUUUUUUACUUUUUGCAAAAGGAAAAGAAGAAAGUUGAUUCCUUUGUGCUUCAAUUCCGUUAUGUCUUCCAUGGAAGUAGAGAAGAGAAAACGCAAUGAUGACGGAGAAACCAACGGGAAACCCCGGGAAGAUACAGGCGCUCAGAAGCGGGCGACGCCGCCGCUGCCUCCGGAUGAAGAAGUGGAGGAGUUCUUCGCUAUAGUGAAGAGAAUUCGGGUGGCGCUCAAGUACUUCCAGAGGCGUGACGGCGUCAGGUGCGUUGGCGGUGAGGCGGCGGCGAAGCCUACCUGGAGCCCGUCGUUCGAACGUGAGGACUUUGACGGAGUUAAGCCGGAUCCUGAAGGCUCUCGAGUGCAUGAAAAAACCGGUCUGGAUCUUAACUCCCACCCGGUUUCUGAUGCGUCUGAUUCCGUUUGAGGCUGUUGCUUUCUAACGCUAACAAAAUUUUAUGGAUCAUCUACUUAUUUUUCGAAGUUAGUUACUUUUGAAUCAUCAUAAAAAAGAAAAAGGAAAAAAAAUAAUUAACUCAUGUUUCAAAAUCAUGGAUGAUCUUAGAAAUGGACAGGUAUGUAAUAUUUCUCUCA